AAAAAAUUAAAUAGUGUAGUAAAUUUCCAAACAAAGAGUACCAAAAAAAAAAAAAAAACCAACGCUGAAAUCUGAAUUAAUUCUCUCUUCUGCUAAGUGCUAACAAUUCAAUUCACAUUCAUACGCUACCUUAUUCUCCCUCAAUUCCAUUCAGGGUUGUUGAUUUAUGGAUUCUCAAGCGGGUUUAUCUCUAGGGUUGAAUGCUUCCAUGCAAUCAUCUACUGGUUCUUCAACUGCUUCACAUAGUGAUAAUUCUCUUUCUUUGAAUUUGAAUUAUAGAUCAAAUUCAAAAUCAACUGCUUCACAUUCACAUGGUCUUGCAUGGUGUUUAAUUCCUGAAAAACAACCAGAGAAUAAUGUUGUUGUUGUUGUUAAGAAACGUGAACAUGAGGAAGAUGAAGAUGGGGUUGUUGACGGUGAAGGAGAAGGUGAAACUACUAUUAAUUUUAUGGGUAGGACUGUUUGUGUGAAGAGGAAGAUAGAGGAGUGUCAACAAAGUUUUCCGGUGAAGCGUGUUGCCGUGGAUUCGAAGUUGUCUGUGAGUUGGGGGAAUCAGCCAUUGAGUGUUGCUGAUCCUGAAAUUCAUAGAAUUAUGGAGAAGGAGAAGUUGAGACAGUUUAAAGGGAUUGAAUUAAUUGCUUCUGAGAAUUUUGUGUGCAGGGCUGUGAUGGAAGCACUUGGUAGUCAUUUGACUAACAAGUAUUCCGAGGGGAUGCCGGGUGCUAAAUACUAUACUGGUAAUCAGUACAUUGAUCAGCUUGAGUUUCUUUGUUGUGAACGUGCGUUGAAUGCUUUUGGUCUUGAUUCAAAUAAUUGGGGUGUUAAUGUUCAACCUUAUUCAUGUACUUCUGCUAAUUUUGCUGUUUAUACUGGUCUUUUGAAUCCUGGUGAUAGGAUUAUGGGUUUGGAUUCGGCUUCUGGUGGACAUCCGAGUCAUGGUUAUUAUACUCCUGGUGGGAAGAAGGUUUCUGCUGCUUCUAUUUUCUUUGAGACUUUGUCUUAUAAGGUGAAUCCUUUGACUGGUUACAUUGAUUAUGAUAAGCUUGAGGAGAAAGUGGUGGAUUAUAGACCUAAGAUACUUAUCUGUGGUGGUAGUUCUUAUCCUAGAGAAUGGGAUUAUGUGAGGUUUAGGAAGAUUGCUGAUAAAUGUGGAGCUAUUCUGAUGUGUGACAUGGCUCAUAUUGGUGGUCUUGUUGCGGCUAAGGAAGUUGCUAGUCCAUUUGAAUACUGUGAUAUUGUUACCUCAACAACCCACAAAAGUCUUAGAGGUCCAAGAGGAGGUAUCAUCUUUUACAGAAAAGGGCCAAAACCAAGAAGGCAAGGCUUUGUUCUUAAUCACGGAGACGAUAGCACUUAUGAUUUUGAGGAGAAGAUAAACUUUGCUUUGUAUCCAUCAUUGCAAGGAGGUCCCCACAAUAAUCACAUUGCUGCUCUUGCUAUAGCUUUGAAACAGGUUUCAACUCCAGAGUAUAAAGCAUACAUGCAGCAGGUGAAGAGAAAUGCACAGGCAUUAGCAAUUGCAUUGUUGAGACGAAAAUGCAGAUUGGUAACUGAUGGGACUGACAAUCAUCUUUUGCUCUGGGACAUAACUGCACUUGGCUUAAUUGACAGAAACUAUGAGAAGGUCUGCGAGGCGUGUCACAUCACUCUCAAUAAGUGUGCCAUUUAUGGUUCUAUUUCUUCUGGAGGAGUGAGAAUCGGCACUCCAGCAAUGACAUCAAGGGGCUGUGUAGAGGACGAUUUUGAGGCAAUAGCUGAUUUUCUUUUUAGGGCAGCUCAGAUUACCAGCAUUAUACAGAGGGAACAUGGUAAAUCAUGCAAAGAUUUUCUCAAGGGUCUUCAGAAUAAUAAAGAUAUUUUUGAUCUCAGAAAUCGUGUCGAGACAUUUGGUUCCCAAUUCGAAAUGCCAGGAUUCACUUAUUGAUUUUUCAUAGUGUAAAGCAGGCAGGCACCUUUCACCCCCAUUCAUAUCCCACCAUUAUUUUUCCUUGUUUUCUCAUCAGAUCAGAUUUGAUUUUUCCCAUUACUUUUAUAUUUAUCAAAUUAGAUAUUGUAAUUAAGUAUGCAGACCAUACACCAAACUCUGCAAUUUUCUAGUUAUUACUUAGCUAUUGUACAAAUUAUGCAAGGUUGGUGAGCUUUACUUCAGUCACAACUUUGUGGCUACCCUUUUGUUUAUGAUGAAGAAACAUCAGCAAAA